AUGAUGGAACCUAUACCUGAAGAAGAUCAUGAAUCUUUAUCUUUAAUUUCACCACAUCAUUCAAUACAAUCUAAUUCAUCAUCAUUAAAUAAUAAAAGGAUCAUUGAAGAGAAACAAAGAAUGCGUGAAAUUUAUAAAUCUGAACAAAUCAACACUGUUGUUAGUACAAUACCUAAAACUGAAUUACCUGUUAGUUGGAAUAUGUCACCAACAGAAAAAAUAACAACUAUAACAACAACUGAUGAGAAUGUAUUAUUGUCGCCAACAUUAAAUUCAACACUUGAUACAUCACAAAAUAUAUUAUUUCAUACACACAUUCCACAAACAUUUAAUCAAAAUAAUAGUUUAAAUAUUGAGGGUUCAACAAAUAAUGGGAUAGGUACAACAUAUAAUUAUACAUAUGAAUGCCAUUAUGAUGAUCCAAUAACAUCAGAAAUUGAAAGUGCUGAUUUUAGUGAAGCUAAUGAUCAAGAUAUAGAAAGACAUUUUAAACAAACACAAAAAGUUACUAAAGUCACAAAAGUUACUACAACGAGGUCAGUAAGACAAAUAGAUUUAUCAAAAGGAGAUAUUCAUUUUGAUGCUGAAGGUAGCCCUAUUAUAGAUGAAUCACCAUAUAAUAUGGAUAAAGAUUCACAAAUAGAUGAAAUGAAUCAUGACCUUUCAAAUAUAUGUAUUAAAAAAAAUGAAGAAUACCAAAAUGAUGCUAUAAAUUCAGGUUUACAAUCACAUAUAUCAUAUACAAAUAAUUUAGAUAUUAACAAUAAAACAUAUGAUGAUAUAAAUAAUUAUAAUAAAAAUUUACCUAGACAACCAGGAAUUCCACAAGUAACUGAUAUAGAUUCAACAGAAGUAUCAUUAAUAUGGCUUCAUCCUCCUAAUGAAUCACCAAAUACUCCUAUAAUUGGAUAUAAAGUUGAAUAUAGACGUGGUGAAGAUGAUCCUUGGGAAGCUGCUCAUGAUGACUUAUUAGUACAAAGUGAAUGUCGAAUCACAAAUUUAGAACCUAUGGCUGAUUAUCAAUUUCGUGUAUUAGCAGCUAAUAUAAAUGGUUUUGGUUUACCAUCACAAGAAACUCCACCAAUAUUAUUAAGACCAAAAUUUGAUUCAACAAAUAGACGUUUUGAUCAGUAUCAACAUUUUAAUGCUAUUAAUGAUAGCAUGGCUGUUGGUAAGAGAAAUGAUAUAAUAGAAUGUCAACAACCAGGUCCACCAAUACCGAUAGAAAUUAAUGGUGAUACUAUCUCAUUAGAAUGGAGACCUUCAGUAAGUAAUGAUAUAUCAACACCAAUAACAGGAUACAUAGUUGAAUAUAAGGCAAAAGGACUAGAUACGUGGAUGCAGGCAAAUGAUUUUUUAAUACCAACACAUUAUUAUACUGUCUCUAAUUUACGUCCAAAUGGUGAAUAUGAAUUUAGAGUAAUUGGUAGAUGUAUAGAUGUUUAUUCAAAACCAAGUUUAUCUUCAGGAAUGAUAAAAAUCAAACCAACUAUUCCAACAAGAAGUGGUAUUAUAACAUAUAAUAAAAGUCUUCCUAUACCUGAUCAACCAUUUAUUGUAGAAACAUAUCAUGAUUCAGUUUUAAUAAAUGUAACAUCAUCAUCAUCAUCUAAAUUACAAAUUCCUGUCUCACAGACAAUAGAAUAUCGUGAGAUAGGAGACCCAAAUUGGUAUGUUGCAAAAAUAAGACAAUUACCACCAAAUAUAUUAGUAACAAAUUUACGUCCAAAUAAUUCAUAUGAAUUUCGAGCAUUUACUGUUUCACUAUAUGAUGGUUCAAGAUCACCAUCAUCAGUUAAAUCAGAUGCUGUACAAUUAAUAUGGAGUAAUAUUUUUACAAAUAAUAAUUUACAAAAUGUACCAAAAAAACCAUUUACACCUGAGUAUGUUGGGGCAGAAUCAGCUGAUAGUUUGAUUAUAUGUUGGUUACCAGCUGAGAGUUCACUACCAAUUCAAGGUUACGAAGUAGAAUUUAGAGAUUAUCAACAAGAUUCACAUAAUUGGUACAAAGUCACAGAUACACUAGUAACUGGAUGUAAGACUACAGUUGGUUAUUUACUUCAAAAUCACCAAUAUCAAUUUAGAAUUAUUGCUAAAAACGCUAUGGGUUUUUCUGAACCAUCAGAACCAUCUGAAACUAUAACUAUUACUGAAAAUGGUCCAACAACAAGAUCAAAUAAAUGGAUACCAAUAGAUGGUGAAACAUCAUUAUCACCAAUAAAAUCACCAAAAUAUGUUGAAGCUGAAAGAUAUGGAACUAUUCCAUUAUUACAAGAUGAAAUGAUAAGAGAAUCACCACCAUUACCAGAAAGAGAUGAUUCUCCACCACCAAUAAAUAGGCAAAUAAAUGUUCAAUGGCGGGAUCCAACAUUAAAAGAAGUUAUUGAUUAUUUAUCAAAUAAUGAUAUAAAUAUUGUUAUCAAUGCUUCUGGUUUAUUACAACAUCUUUCAUAUAAUGAUAAUAUUGUUAAAGAAGAUAUAAGAAAUUUAGGAGGAAUUCCAAUACUAAUAAAAUUACUUAAUAAUGAUAAUUCUGAUGUAGUACGUAACUCAGCUGGAUGUUUACGUAAUUUAUCAUUUGGUAAAGAAAAUGAUAUUAAUAAAAAAAUGAUAGCUGAAUGUGAUGGUAUAAGAUGGUUAACUACAACAAUAAAACAUUUUCCUAAUUCUCAUGUUCGUGAAGAAGCAACAGGUGCUUUAUGGAAUAUUUCAUCGUGUGAUGAAUUAAAAAUUUCAAUUUAUAAUCAAUGUGCUGAAGUUAUUGUUGAUACAUUAGUUAUUCCAUUAUCAGGUUAUAAAAAUUCAACAAAUAAACAUUUAAUAACAAUAGGUGAUAAUGAUAAUUUAAAUGAUAGUCGUGGAAGAAGUAGUAAUGUUUUUAGAAAUGGUGUUGGUAUUUUAAGAAAUAUUUCAGCAAUAAAUUCAAAUUCAAGAAAACAAUUAAGAAAUUCACCAUUAUUAAUAGAAUCAUUAUUAUUUUAUUUGCAAAAUUCUUUUAAUCAUAAUUUAAUAGAUAGUAGAUCAGUUGAGAAUGUUGUUUGUGUUUUAAGAAAUUUAAGUUAUCGUGUUCAUGAAGAAUAUGUUGGAAAAAAGCACCCAUAUAUACAGGAACAUCGUGAUUCACAAAGAAACUCAGGUAAAAGAAAUAGAGAAAGAAGUAAAAGUGCUCCAUCAGGUUCACCAAAAGAAAAAAAGAAAUCUAGUGGAUUAUUUAAAAAAAGUGGAAAAAAUAAAAAAGAUAAUAGUGAUGAUAAAGAAAAUAAUGUGUCAGGUGGAGAAUUAUUAUGGCAUAUCUCAACAAUACAAUUGUAUUUAAGAUUAUUACAAGAAACAUCAAAUAGUGAAACAUUAGAAGCUGCUUCUGCUGCUAUUCAAAAUCUUUCUGCAUCAGAACAUUCUAAUAGUCAAUAUGUUAGAACAUUAGUUAGAACAGAAAAAGGUUUACCAAUUUUAGUUGAAUUAUUAAAAGUUGAAUUUGAAAAAGUAGUAUGUUCUGUAACAACAGCAUUAAGAAAUUUAUCAAUGGAUCAAAGAAAUAGAGAAUUAAUUGGUAAAUAUGCUAUGAAAGAUUUAUUACAAAAAAUACCACGUGAAAAAUAUAUUGAAAAAUUAGAUUUAAAUGAAAAUAAAGUUGCUGAAGCAACAAUUGCAGCUGUUUUAGGUAUAUUAUUUGAAAUAGUUAAAUAUAGUGUAGAGUUUACUAAAAAUUUUCAUGAUAUUGGUGGUACUGAAAAAUUAAUGAUAUUAGCAAAAAGUUAUCCUAAUAUUAGUGCAAAAAUAUGUAAAUAUGCAUCGCAACUUUUAUAUACAAUGUGGCAACACAAAGAACUUCAUGAAACAUUUAAAAAAGCAGGAUAUAAAGAAAUAGAUUUUUAUUCAGGACCAUCAACUUCUCGUAAUACAGCUCGAGAAGCAAGAACAUUAGCAAGGCCUAUUAUUUCUCAUGAAGGAAAUAAAAAGUCUAAUAAAGAUAAUGAUUAUGGAAGUGAUAAUUAUGCAAUAUAUGAUAUUAAAAAUACUCCACAAAGUGCACGUUAUGAUUAUGGAAAUAAUAAUAAAUAUGAAAAUGGAAAUAAUGAUAUUAAUAGUGUACGUUCUGAUUCUAAAAUAAUAACAACAGGAGGAAAAUAUAAAAAAGUAACAAAUAAAGAACCAUUAUAUACAGCUGUUCAAAAAAAAGAACAUAAUUAUAUAAAUUCCCCUGCUGGUGAUAGUUGGGUUUAG